UCUCCUUUCCUCGCACUUUUCUCUCAGAUACCCAAGAUGGCGGCAGCCUCAUCCAUCCAGCCGCCGAGCGUUCACUCUUCUCUAGCCCGGGAUAGCGCACUUUCCCCGGAGAUGGACAGCCCCGAGAGCCGGCAGCCGGAGGAUGAGGAGGCGGCGGCGGCGCAGCCCUCCGAGCUCAGGAUCAGCCUCCGCGACCUGCCGGAGCUGGAGCCGGAGGAGAUCGAGAAGAGGCUGGCCAAAACUCGCCAGGAGCUGAGCAACAGGAGGAAAAUCCUCAUUAAGAACCUGCCGCCUGACACCACUAACCAGGAAGUCCAUGAAAUUUUGAAAGAAUAUGAGCUGAAGUACUGCUUUGUGGACCGCAACAAAGGGACAGCCUUUGUGACUUUGCUGAACGGGGACCAGGCUCAGGAUGCCAUCCGCUCCCUCCAUCACAGCACUGUCCGUGGACGCUUGAUCAACGUCACCCUGCAGCCCACUGACUCGCUCCUCUGUCUCACGAACCUGCCCCACACCUUCACCGCCCAGCAGUUCGAGGAGCUGGUGCGUUCGUACGGCAACAUUGAGCGCUCCUUCCUGGUGUACAGCGAUCUGACAGGCCACUCCAAAGGAUAUGGGUUUGUUGAAUACAUGAAGAAGGACUCUGCCUCUCGAGCCCGCUCGGAGCUGCUGGGCCGACCGCUGCAGGGAGAUCGCUCCCUGAUGGUGCAGUGGAUGGACGUCAACCAACUGAGUCAGGAGGAGAACCUGCACUCCAAGUGUCUGUGUGUGGACCGCCUGCCGCUGGACCUGUGCGACUCUGAAGAACUGAGCCAUCUCUUUUCUGAGACUUACAAGCCCGUCUUCUGCCAGCUUGCUCAGGAUGAGGGCAGUCCAGUGCGAGGCUUUGGUGUGGUGGAAUAUGAGAGCGCUGAACAGGCUGAGGCCGUGCUGAUAGAGAUGGACCGAACUGUGGUGGGAGGACAGGAGGUGCGCCUGUCACUCUGCACCCCAGGCACCUCAGGGAGAAGCACCUUGGCUGCACUCAUUGCCGCCCAGGGUAUGAUUCUGAGUAACAGAAAAGGUUUGCUACCGGAACCAAACCUGGCUCAGCUGUUGACUAGUAUGACCAACCCUGCAGCCCUGCAGAUCCUCAUGAGACCAUACCACUCUGGGAAGAGAGGAGGAAAGUACGGGCGUCACACCAGCCUGCCGUUCCUGAGGCCUCCUCUCACUACAGCUCUGCUCACUCUGGGAAAAGCUCACCAGAGUGCUAUGCUUGGCAAUGGACUAGUCCUCCAGAACCUAUUGCACAUGCAGCUCGCACAGCAACAGCUUCUACACAUCAAAGACAAACGCAUCAGCAGUGUGUCCAGUUUGCUUGGGGACCCAUCCAGGCUGCUGAUGCAGAAAGCCUUGUCUCUGCGGCCUCCGGGCCUCGUGCCGCUGGGGAAAGGUCUCCUGGGAGAUUCCCCCACUGAGUUGGGACAGGAGACAGCACCAGCAUCUACCCACAAUGCCACAGUAGUGGUAUCAGCACCAGGCAUGAUGCCUUACCUUCAGGGUCGAGACCAAAACAGCACCCAUUGUUUGUCAACAACUCCUUCUGCUUCCUCCUCCUCUUCCUCUGCUUCCUUGUCCUCCUCCACCUGCGACAGGCAGCAGCCAGCUCCUCCUGGGACAAUGGUGAACAGUGGUCAAAGUUCCUUGUUGGGUGAUCCUCCUAAAGAAGUGCGACUUCCCUCUAAUCCUUACCUUAACCUGGCCAGUGUAAUGCCUGGAGUGGUUCUGCAAGGUUCAGUGGGGAGCAAAGCCCAGGCAGGACAGCCAGGCUCUGGGGUGUACAACAGCCCUAUAGCUCCUGCGUCCUCACAGGGCUCCAGCUCCUUCUCCCACAGUGCCGCCACAACGACAACUUCCCCGUACAGCACUGAUACCUCCAACGACUACAGCCAGUAUAAUCAGGCCUACACUCAGGAGGCCAUGCAGCAGUGGUACCAGCACUACCAGGCAGCACAAGCUCACACCUACAGUGCUGCGACUCCGCAGGACAACACUGCCACAGACUACAGCAAGGAGCACACAUCGACUCCAGCAGUAUCCUCCUACGGGGAUUACAGUUCGUACAUGCAGGCUGUCACUCAGUACUACUCCCAACCUGCCACAGCCAACCAGGCCUACGUCAACAAGGAGGUAGAUGUGUGUAAGCCGCUCGGCGUCUCCCUGCACGCUGUCGGUAACAGCGCAGCUCCUCCUCCAGCCGUCCUGCCAGCUGCCGCUGUGCUCCCGGCCUACAGCACCCUGCCAUUAAUGCCCGGUUUCCUUGGGGCACCACACCCGGCUGCAGCCACGCCAAACCCUGUAACUCAUGCACACACUGCCGCCACCGACUGGAACACCUACUACUAUAACCAGACGCGGGGCCAUAAGAGGGAGUAUCCCCAGCUGGCCGUGCAGGAAGUGGCAUCAUCCGACAGCGCCUACAUCGGGCAGCAUUCCCAGGGCCUGGGGGGGCAGUACGCCGACUACUUUAAAAGGAAGAGGCUCUAGUAUGAACCGAACCAACUUCAAGCCCAACGCUUCGGGAGGGGGAAGUGCAAACAGCUGGCUGUCUGCUGGAAGUCACAGCUCCCUCUAGUGGGCUUCCUGUGGCUGCCAUGUUGCAUCCCUUACAGUAUGUAGAUGUUGUUUAGAUUUUAGGGCUGCAAGUGGCUCAAAUAAAAGCAAGCCAUAGUGCAUUUUUGAUCACGAUACACACACACACACACACACUCACACUCUCUCUCUCACUCACACACACACUCACACACACGCACACACACACACACACUCACGCACACACAUACUCAAACACACAGUGUUCCUGUUGUCCUGUUUAAGCCUUAACUCUUUAACUUAAACCAUUGUUUCUCAGUCGGUGUGUUAAUUGUGCUUAACUAAUAUUAUCCUGUACAUUUUUUCUAAUAUAAUGGAAACUUAAACUAGCUGUGUCUGUAGGUAAAAGCGGCUUUUUUUUUUUUUUUUUAUUAGGAAGCAGGCGACCUGUCUGCCAUGCUGUUAAUGUCUUAGAUCUGGUCUCAGAUUCUGGACUCUCCCUCUUUCCCUCUGUUUUUCAGAACACUAAACUUGUGUGUUG